AUGAAACUUUUGCUCAUUUCCUUUAUGUUCUUGAUCGGGACUGUUACUCCAGCCGAAAGCAAGUGCAAUGAAGAUGACCAGUCAUCGUUGCUCCGCUUAAAGCAAAGCCUUAACUUCAAUAAUUUUGCUUCCACCAAGCUUGUUACUUGGAAUGCAAGUAUCGACUGCUGUUCUUGGGUCGGAGUAAAUUGCAGUGCUAAUGGCUAUGCAGUUGGUCUGGACCUCAGCAAGGAACGGAUCCUAAGUGGGAUUGACGACUCCAGCAGUCUUUUUGAUCUUCAACAUCUUCAAAGCCUCAACUUUGCUGAUAACGGUUAUCACCACUCUCAAAUACCAUCUUCUAUCGGAAAGCUUGCAAAGUUGAGGUAUCUGAAUCUAUCCCAUAAUGGUUUUUUGGGGCAAAUCCCAAUUGAGAUUUCGCACUUGACAAGGUUGAUUGUUCUUGAUCUUUCUGAAACUAACUUAAAACUUGAGAACCCCAAUUUAAGCAUGCUGAUUCAGAAUCUCACAGAGCUUGAAGUAUUAUAUCUUGAUUCGGUAAACAUAUCAAGAAAAAGGAGUGACUGGUGUCAAGUAAUAUCUUCUUCACUUCCAAAGCUGAGGGUGCUGAGCUUGUCCAGCACUGGUCUUCUGGGACCUAUUGAUGACUCCCUUGCCAAGCUUUCAUCUCUAUCCGUGAUUCGAUUGGAUUAUAACAACAUAUCUUCUCCGGUUCCAUCAUUCUUCGCCAAUUUUUCGAACUUGACUUCCUUGAUUCUCCAUAAAUGUCAGUUGUAUGGAACAUUUCCCCAAGAAAUCUUCCAGAUAUCUACACUACAGCAUAUUGACUUGUCCUCCAAUCGGCUGCUUCAAGGUUCCUUGCCAGAAUUUCCGAACACUGGAUCUCUUCAAACUCUGGAAUUGAGCUACACAAGUUUUUCGGGGUUAUUGCUGGACUCUAUUGGCAACCUCAAAAUGUUGUCCGUGAUAGAUCUCUCAACCUGCAAUUUCUAUGGAUCAAUCCCAAAGUCAAUGGAAAAUCUCAGACACUUGUAUUAUUUAGACAUGUCAGACAACAAGUUCAGCGGUUCCAUUAAUUCCACUCAUUGGGAAAACCUUGUCGAGUUGAAGGAUGUUGACUUGAGUUACAACCUGCUUGUUGGAGGCAUUCCAUUAUCUAUGUUUUCUCUUCCCCUGCUGCAAACAUUAUACCUUUCCAACAAUAAGUUCUCGCAUCAGUUCCAUGAGUUCUCUAACGUCUCUUCUUCUAACCAAUUAAGCUCCUUGUGUUUGGAUUUCAACAAUCUCGAAGGGCCAGUACCGAUGUCUAUUUUUAGUUUGAGAGGUCUUGAGUAUCUUUCACUUUCUUCAAACAACUUGGAAGGCUCGUUUCCUCUAAGUGGUCUUCAGAAGCUGAGAAAUCUGACUUUUCUUAAUCUUUCAAACACCAGCUUGUUCAUUGAUCAUACCGCUUCAAGGGCAAUCCCAGUUUUCUCAGCACCUACAAUGCAAUUUUUGGAUUACUCCAGAAAUAAUUUGAGCUCUGGCAUACCGACUAACAUUGGUGAGUUCUUGACGACCACCAAAUUCUUCUCACUUUCAAGCAAUAACCUCCACGGCAUCAUUCCGAGAUCGUUGUGCAAUCUGUCAACUCUUGAGAUUCUUGAUCUGUCCAAUAAUUCACUUAGUGGUAUAAUUCCUGAGUGCUUGACUACAAUGAAGACGCUUGCAGUGCUUAAUUUACGGAGAAACAACCUUACAGACAACAUUUCUUACAAAUUUGAUGAGCAUUGCAGUUUAGAAACUCUAGACCUCAGUGGAAAUCAAAUCAAAGGCCGGCUUCCAGAAUCUUUAGUCAGCUGCACAAAAUUAGUGGUAUUAAACCUUGGAUACAAUCAGAUAAUGGAUACUUUUCCCUGCUAUUUGAAGAGUGUUUCCACCUUGCGAGUCCUUGUUCUCCGAUCCAAUAAAUUCUACGGAGGCAUUGGAUGUCCGAGUACCAAUGGCACCUGGCCAGUGCUUCAAAUCAUAGAUGUAGCUCACAACAAUUUCAAUGGCGAAUUACCUGGAGGAUUGUUGACAACAUGGAAAGCUAUGAUGGACAACAAAGCUGAUGCAAAUCACCUUCAGUAUUUGUACAGAUUCUAUCCUGGUAUUUACUAUCAGAACUCGGUAACAAUUGUGAGCAAAGAUUUGACGAUGGACCUGGCAAAGAUUCUAACUAUCUUCACCGCAGUUGACUUUUCUGGCAACAAAUUCCAUGGACAAAUACCUGAAGAAAUUGGAGAACUCAAAUCAUUGUAUAUUCUCAACUUCUCCAACAAUGCUUUCACAGGUAAAAUCCCAUCAUCGUUGAUUAACUUGGGAAACCUCGAGUCUUUAGAUCUCUCAGUGAACAACCUGAAUGGGCAGAUUCCACCAGAAUUUUCAAAACUCCAUUUCCUUGCAUUCAUGAACCUCUCAACCAAUCACUUGGUUGGCAAGAUCCCAAGCAGCACUCAGUUUUCAACAUUUCCAAAAUCUUCCUUCGAAGGGAACACGGAUUUAUGGGGGCCUCCUUUGACAGCAUAUGACAGACCACCGAUGUCGUUGCCACCAAUGUCAAAUGGAAGUGAUCCGAAUUCUGGCAGUGAGAUUAAUUGGGACAUUCUAAGUGUUGAAAUUGGAUAUUUUGUCGGCCUUGGAGUCGUCAUCGGGCCACUCGUGUUUUGCGAGGGAUGGAGGAACUGGUAUUACGAAGCUGUGGAGAACAUGUUCUUUAAGAUGCUCCCUCAUCUGGACAAAAGAAAUGGUAAUCGGAUUCGUGGAAGACAAUGA